UCAGUCAUGGACGUCCAGCAAGGAACCCAGAGAUCAAAGGAAAUUGUUCUCGAAAUUAAAGAAAAAUCUAAGCUUUGUAUAGAAAGUAGAAAACAUAUUAACGGACUAGUAGAUAUACUUGGUAAUCUGCAGUCUUCAAAUGAGAAUGUCAUUGUGGCAAGUAUUCAUGGACUUCAUAGUGUGUUUCAUCACUUCCUCUCAACGUCGGAGAUGUAUUCAGAGGUUUCAGCUGUUGGAGAAGAUAUAACAGGUUUAUCCAAAGCAGAGCAGUACAAACUCUGGUUGAGACAGCAUUAUGUGUUGACUUGUAAUGGCCUUGUGGAUCUGUUGCAUCAUUCCAGUUAUAAAGUGCAGGAGUUGUCAAUGACCACUUUGAUGAAGUUCAUCAAAGAUGAAUCCCACAAUCCAUUGCAGAAACCAACACAGGGUCACACUUUUCCAGAACAACUCUUCAAGAGAUUAUUCCUGUGCCUGAUUCCCAGUGAUAAGAAUAUGCAGCCAUUGUUUAUGAGAUUUCAAGAGUACACAGAGUUUGAUGAUGUCAGAUAUUUUUGCAUGCAAUGUUUGAACAACAGUCUGAAAAAAGAGCAAGUUUCCAGCGAGCAAGUGACUGAUGUAUAUUUGUCCAACAUAUUUGCUUGUUUGGAAAACUUAAAUUUUACUGAAGAAGCCUCCUCAAUGUCAAACUUUCUGUCUCCAUUACCAGAACAAACAAAACAGACCAAAUUAACCGAUUGGAGAGAGCACAGGAAGUUAUUUACAAAUGUUUGGAUAUUGUUCCUGAGUUUUAAGUUGACAACUGGCCUGUACAAAAAGGUUUUGAUGAUCCUUCAUGACAAAGUGAUUCCAUAUGUGAGCUGCCCAUUGUUUCUCAGUGAUUUCCUUACAGAGUCCUACAAUGUUGGUGGCGCUAUCAGUCUGCUUGCUUUGAAUGGAUUGUUCCUACUGGUCAGCAAAUACAACUUAGAUUACCCAGACUUUUACAAGAAGUUGUAUGCUCUGUUUGAACCAUCUAUAUUUCACGUCAAGUACAGAUCAAGAUUCUUCUAUCUGGCCAACAUGUUCCUUUCUUCCACACAUCUUCCAGCAUACCUGGUUGCUUCAUUUGCGAAAAAGCUGUCGAGAAUAUUACUGACAGCUCCAUCCUCGGGUCUGCGUCUUGCCAUCCCCUUCAUGUUGAACCUCGUGAUUCGUCAUCCCAACCUGAAGGUCAUGCUCAACCGCACUAAUGGACCAACAGAUAUUACAUCAGAUCCUUACAACUAUGAUGAAACCGAUCCAGGGAAAAGUAAAGCUCUUGAUAGCUGUCUGUGGGAACUGAAGACACUGCAAUCCCACUAUUGUCCAGACAUUGUCUCACAGGCUAGCAGGAUUGAACAUCCCCUGAGCACCACAGAAACAGAUCUGUCAGAACUUCUUGACAUCACUGAAGAUGAAAUGGUAGAAAAGGAAGUGAAAAAGAAAAAGAAAGACAUCCCACUCACGUUUGAACCACCCAAAGGACUUUUUGACACAAAAGAUGAUAAAAUGCAACUUUGUUGGUCAUUGCAAUAAAUAAUAAACUUUUA